AUGAACAACUUUUACGACCAGGUGGAUGAGCUAUAUGAAAAACACAAGUUUGAUGCAGAUUCCGUUUUCAAUGCAGAUGAGACUAAUAACACAACUCUAGUUGAACCAGCAAAAAUUAUUGCACAAAAAGGCACUCACCAGGUUUAUCAAAUGACUUCUCAAGAAAGAGGUGUAAACGUGACAAUGUUGCCCUUCGUAAAUGCUUCUGGAAAGUUAUUCGGUGGUGUUUUUGUAUUCCCACGUAAGAAAGUGAGCGAGAAAAUGAAAAACUUGCCAGAAGGCUUUAUUGCAUUAGCCCACUCUUCAGGAUGGAUGACAGAGGAAAACUUUUUGAUCGCUCUGAAACAUUUUCAUUCCCAAGUUCAAAGUAGGCCUACUAAAGAAAAGCCUAUAUUGUUGUUCCUCGAUAACCACAUCAGCCAUAUGGGUUAUUCCAUUUGUAUUUUCGCCAAAGAAAAUGGCAUAAUUCUUCAAACAUUGCCCCCUCACACUUCUCAUGCUUCACAGCCAUUGGACAGAACUACCUUUGGCCCAUUUAAGUCCAAUCUUGCAGAUAGUCACUCGGAUUGGAUGAGGGAACAUCCAGGUCAACGCAUUUCAAUUUAUGAAAUCCCUCUUCUUUCAAAACCUGCUCUGCAACGUGCAUUUACUGAGAAAAAUAUCAAGAAAGGGUUCAAGGCCCUUCUAAUC